AUGAGCGGUCAAACACUUCAGAUUGAUCGCCGCCCGUACUGGUCCUCCGAAGAAGUCCUUUUGGCCGGUGCUGAGCGGGAGGUCCUAUGGGCGAGACAAUAUGCUAGGACUAGAUUUCCGUUCGAGCCUCUCUAUAGGGAGAUCUACAAUUUCGAAAAGGUUUCUCCAGAAAAGCAUAUCGCUAAUUUAACGGAUUACUUGAAGAUUGCCAAGUAUCUUGCACCGCCUCAAGGCAGCUAUCUGAACCGCCCGACUUUACGUCAUCCUGACCUUCAGCCAAAUAACAUACUCAUUUCCGAGACUUUGACUAUCAGCGGGCUGAUAGACUGGCAGCACUGCUCAAUCCUUCCCCUUUUCUUGCAGGCAAAGCCUCCGAAAUAUUUUCAGAACUACGGGGACCAAGAAUCCGAAGACCUCAUCGUACCUCAACUACCGAAGGAUAUUGACCAGUUGGACCCUGAUGAAAAAGAAGCCGCAAAUGAGUUGUAUCGUCGACGUCGUACGCAUUUUCAUUAUAUUUCCAUAUCAGAGCAGCUCAACAAGGAUCAUAUCGAUGCAUGCACACACCCUGAGGUUGUCUUAAAGCAAAAGCUCUUCCAACAUUCUACGGACCCAUGGGAAGGGGACAAUAUUACGCUGAAAGCAGACUUGAUCAGAGCAUCGCAGCGGUGGACAAAACUCUUAGAGGAAUCCGACUACAGCAAAUCUCCACCUCCAUGCCCCCUGCAUUACGGACAAGAAGAAAUUGACAGAUGUUUUGAAAUAGAGGAAGAGCAGAAACUCUGUGACCGAGACAUGGAAAGGUCCAGGUUGGCGAUUGGUGUUGCCGAAGACGGCUGGGUGGUGCCUGAGCUAGGACAGAGAAAUGAUUGA